CACUAUUGCCUUAUAAAAUAAACCGCAAUUUCAGCACUUUAUAACUUCUGCACAUAAAACCAGUAACAUUUCCAAAAAUGGAGGAUUCCUAUUUUUCCAGCCUUCCCCAGGUGCUUAAGAAACCCUUGUCCUUUGCGGACCUCGUGGAGAAGGGCACGGAAUUCGAGGUGGACACGUUUCGUCAAGAUACCGCCGCCACCGAAUUUUUAGGUAGUGACGGAGACAGCGACUACGAGGACGCAGAGGGUGUGGACAACGAGGCGUUGCUCUCCCCGUGGAUGCUGUCAUUCGAGGAGCUGCGUUGCCUGAUGACCAAGGUCAAUGACUUCAUUUAUAAGCGGAUUACACGAGAGGGGCACGUGGAUCGGGAUUUAGUGCCGCAGAAAGCAAGGGUCUCAGUAAGAUACAGUGGCUACUGGGAGGGCGAGGGCGCUCCUUUCGACUCUUCCAUGCUUCGGGGGGCCAAGUUCGAGUUCGAGACGGGUCAGAACAUGGUUAUCGAAGGCCUGGAGGCUGCAGUGCGCACCAUGCGCCCUUACGAGCAGGCCGAAUUCAUAAUCUCUUACCAGUUGCUUUUCCGGGAACUUGGCUGCCCGCCUAGGAUCAAGCCUAAGGCGGAUGGACUCUUCAAAGUGGAAGUGAUCGACUACUCCCUCAUUGGCGACUCGGAGGCUCUCAACGCGAUUGCCAAGGAAGACCGCGACAAGUUCUGCGUGGUUUAUCCUAAGGCGCAGGAUCUGCACCUGCACGGAAAGGACUGCGUGAAGCGCGGGCGCUAUCGAAAUGCGGCCACUGCCUUUGAACAGGCAUUCAAUUCCUUGAACUACUGCCGUUUGGCCAAUGAAGAGGAGGAGGGGAGGCAAACCGAAUUGCUGAUUACUUUGUCUCAAAACCUUAUGAUCGUAUACAACAAGCUCAACAAGCCGCAGCGAGCCUGCAUCAUGAUGAAGUCCGUGCGGCGUUUGACCGAGAACAAUCCCUCCUGUAAGGCGCUUUUUCAGGAGGGUCGUGCGCUGGCUUCUUUGGGCGAAUACGAUAGAGCCCGCAAGGUCUUCCUGCAGGCACAGGCCAAGCAACCGGUAAACAAGGAGAUCAGCGAUGAGAUUAUCACCAUGGACAAGAGGAUCAACAAAUACCAAAAAGCCAGUCGGGAUCUUUGGGAACGCGCCUUCUCUCUAAAAGGCUCUCAAUCAGAUGGCCCGAAAACAGCAUCUGAAUUGGAGAAACAAGCCAAGGAGCAGGGUUUUAAGCAAGAACUUGAGACGAUUAUUACGGACUUUAAAACCUCUAGCCAGUCAACGUUGGGAAUUUCCCGCAAAAUGUUUUCAGAGGCCCAGUUUGGAUUGCUUUGUACUCUGGUCAAGAAGCACAACUUGAAAAUUACGCUGUCUCCUAUUCACAAGGAUGUUUUGACUUUGUCGAAGAUGGAAGUGAAAUCGGACUAAAUUUUCACAUCAAAGAUUGGUUACUUACAUACAUAUGUAGUUAUGUACGAUUUAGAUUUAUGAAGACGUUAAUCUGAAAGUUAUUUUUUGAUAUACAAAAUAAGUUUUUGGUGCAUAAUGUAUUUAAAUACUAUCCACCAAUAAAUGUACUCGUUGCAUUAAAUACAA